CCAUUGACAUCAACUAGCCGAGAUCGAAACUGUCCAACCUCUUGACCUUUGGCGAAACGAAAACCUUCAGACUCCUUCCUCCCGUAAGCCUUGAGCGCCGAAUUUAUGGCAGGAGGAAAUGCGACCGAUAAGAACGAGUCCGUCCCCUUUGGGCGCGUGACAAGAGCUCGGGCGGCGCAAGUAGCCGGCGCUCAAACGAAUGAGACAACUCUAAUCGAUGCUCUCGAGGAACGUGCCUCUAUGCUGGGGGAGGCAGCGGUUCAAGGGGCCAAAGUCGGGAGAAAAGCGAUCCCCGAGCCCGGGAAUGGCACGGCCAGAUACGAGACAACAACGCCCACUUCCAGCGGGAAGCGCAAGCGCGAAUCUGUGCUGAACGACCCGUCGCCAAAACCAGGGGGGACCUGUGUAAAACAAGGAACGAGGUUGAGAGUGUCGGACCGGCCACAUGCUACACAGCAUGUCGCACGGAAGGAACUCUAUGGAACUUCCGAGUCGUCAGUUGAUUCAGCACCGGACGCUGAGCUUGCGAGAAGAGAGAAAGGCCACAGGGGGGCCAGUCUGACGACGGGAAUAGGGAGGCGUAAUGAUGGCGUCUUUUGGCAGCAUGUUCCGAGCCCGCGUCUUCGAGAUACUGCAUCCGUCUCUCCCUCAACGUCGCCCGCGAGGGGGGAAGAAGACCUCAGUGAAGAUGGGGAAGCCGAUCCCCACGACAAGGAAAUGGACGAGGACUACAUCCCAACCGGGCCUGGCCCCAUGCCAAAGGUUCCCAAGCUCCUCAAAGGCUCCAAGAAACGGCCCAAAAAGCGGCACCCACCUCCAGUCGCCACAGACGCGGCCCCAGGUUUAUUUACGCUCCUCGAUCCCGCAUUCGCAAAUAGUUCUUACCAUAUCUCCCCGGGUUCGGAAACUGGGCCGGCGCAGCCGCCGCCGCCGCCACCGCCACCAGCACCCGACCACACUCCCGAAGCCGAUCCCAGAAUCUGGGACCUCGGCAUCGACCCACCGCCGCUAUAUUACAGCAUCCACAGGGCGCCCGCCCGCCCGGGUAAUGUCUAUUGCGAGGCGUGCUUCCGCGACGAAGUGGCGCGCUGGGUCCGGGUCCGCGACGGUGUCGUCCGCAUCCUGCACCUGCUUGGCGGCGGGGCGGCGCUGCGGGAGUUGCGGAGGCUGUCCAGCGAGGCGGAGCAGGCCGAGCAGCACGCUACGGAGGCGUAUCUGGAAAAGCGGUCCGCGAGCCGGGCGAGAUUGAGGAGCCCACCGCCCGCGGCAUCCGGAUGUUUACACCGUCACGGGCCGGGGUCCGAAGGCCAGGGAGGCGAGCACGGCGGAGACGGAAACGCCUGUGCGGCUGCCGGGGGCAGUGUGACGGCAAAGAAGAUGAUCAUCAUGGCACAUUCCGGCCGCAGCUGGGAAGCACCGCAUUUCAGCGAAUAUAUGUCUGAGGUUGUCGGCAUUGUACUCCUACGCAUUCUUGCUGAGAGGCCCACUGCUGGACUCGCGGAGACGCAGAAGGGUGAAGUGCAUAAGCUGCUAGAGGGUUUACGACAGGAAGUCGGCAUCGAGCCAAGAUUCUUUGACGCUAUGACUACGGCAUGCAGAGGGAUGCUUGUCCAGUGGAGAAUGGCGGUAACCAUACCGCCCGACGAGAGUCACCCGAGUGGUGUAGACGCGGAAUCCAGAUGGUGGUGGGAGUUCGACAACGCGUUGCAAGACGCCAGUGACAAGGUCCAACUGUCGACGCAUAUGCCCUCGCUGUUCGCCAGCACUCUCGCCACAAAAGCUCGCGAUGCGGCGAUUGCUACUCUCACGGGCCGGGAGGCCGCCACAGCGCAGAACCAGAUUACGGUGCUCGAGAACGAUCUGCAACCGCGACCAAGCCUCGCUCAGAUGGAGAGAAUCCUCGGCAUGAGCACCCCCAGGAGCCUCUUCCUCCGAUCGAUCAGCGACAAGCUCGCGGCGGCUAAACGACGCCUCGAGCAGCAGCAGCGCAGCGCCCCCUCUCAAGCCGCCGCCGCCGCUCCCGACACAGGGAGCGGCUCAGGACUCCCGAGCGACGACGCUCUCCUCCCUCCCGCCAAGCGUCGCAAGCUCAGCAACGGCCAUGCACCGCCGCGCGAUCCGGAAGAGCCGGCACCCCUGGCCUGCAUCUACUGCUCCGAAUCGGACGCCUCGCGCCGCUACACGGCCCGGCGCGCCUCCUCCUACUACGACGGCGACGCUGCGGGGCAAGCCAGACCGUGGACCAAGACCCUCCGAUGGGCCUUCCCCGGUCUCAGCCCCGGCGCCGCGGCACGCGUGCGGCGGGCCGAGGACUGGUUCCGCCUCGUCGCGUCGUCGCGCCCGGUCGAGGUCGUCGACAUCUUUGGUUGGGGCCACCACCGCGGUGGUGAAGGUAGCGGCCCACGGUGGGAGGAGCAAGGGCUAUUACAGCACCACGAGGUGGAGAAUAAGAAAGGGGAGGAGGAUGGGGAGGAGGAGGAAGGGGUGAUCGAGUUCAUGAUGGACGUGACCGGGGCCAGGACGAGGGUUGUGCUGGUGCGGAUGAAGGGGGUUUUUGAGAUCCUUCUUGGCGGGCGUGAUGGCUCUUCUGGUGGCCUUGCUGGCGGUGGUGGUGGUGGGAGAGGGAGCCGGGUGCGGUUUGCACCACCGCCUGUUCUCGUCUGUGACACCGGGGUGGUGGUAGAGGCUUGCAGGACGGUGGGGAGGUGGGAGGAUUGGAGGGCAGGGGAACUGAAGGGAUUCAGGCUGAUUUAAAACUCUGGUGUACGGACGUAGUGUGAGCUGAUUAUCGGAUUUGUAGCGGUCGAUCGCCAAGUUGUUAUUGGUACACUGGGGGGGCGUCGCUAUGAUGAAAGUGCGUCGGUGGUAGGCAUGGCAGGG